AUGAAUUUGUGUAAGUAAUCGUAUUAUUAUUUUUAUAUUUUGGGCAAAUGUGUUACAUAUUUUAGAUAUUAAAAAGUACCCAAAGAAUAUCAAAUCUGGUUUGCUAUGCCCAUCUAAACAGUGUAUAAUAUUAAAUUAUCCCCUCGCAAUAUUAAAUUAUUCCAGUGAUUCAGUUCUCGAAAUUGCCGAGAAGGUAAAAAAAAGUUUGUAAUUAAUAUACUUGUUCCAGAACGAGUUAGCAGAUCCUGUUUUAACUUUAAAUAGAGAUGAUCAAUUGUUACUCCUAUCAGGUCCAUCUCACAGAGUUGUUGACAUUGAUUCUGGUAUGUUUUGUUUAUAUUUCCUGAAUCUUGUUUUAGGCAAAAAACUUCGGGAUAUAUACGAGCAUGACGGGAUUAUAAAGGCUGCAUGUUGGAGUCCCACAAGCUCGAACGUCUUUGCUACUGCUGGAACGGACAGCACUGUCCGUACGUGGGAUGUUAGACAACACCCAGCCCAGACGAUGGCGAUUCGGUUAAAGAGAUAUUCUUGUAUACAGUUUUCUCCAGAUGGCCGAUUUUUAUGCUUUGGUGGGGAUAACAACAUAAAUCUUAUGGAUCUUCAAAAUCCACGGAAUCUGACUACGAUUAAUUCUCCGUCGGCGGUAUGAUUCUUAUUUGAUUUAUUUUCGUUCAUAGGUUUCGGAAGUGAAGUUCAACCCAGUAGAAUACAUCCUGGCGAGCAUCAACACCGACAAAGUCGUUCGGUUUUGGGAUAUUGACGCCAAGGAGUGUAUUGCCCAGACUCUACCGUUAGAUAUCGAGCCUCAGACAAUUGAGUUUUCAUCAUGUGGAAAGUAUUUGGUCUCAGUUUCCCAAAAUCAAAUCAAUUCUUUUUCUUUUGAACCUUUUGAUGUGAUUGAGCAACUUAAUCUUAAUUCGCCUGCCCAUAGGGUGUUAUUGGAUUUUAAAAUAUGUGAUGACAAGAUGUACUACCUGUCCUACGACUCCAAGAGAAGGGAAGUGGCCGUGGAAUCUUUUCAAGAGACCGUAAGUCUUCGUUUAUCAUCAUUAUCGUGUGUUGCCUAGGGAUACGCUGAGAGUUCCUUAAUCGUUUCUUACUAUGUUUUGCAGGAAUUCAACAAGGACGAGGCUUUGCCUGCUCUCUCCCCGAUUCCAAAAGAUUCUGGGUUGAACGGGCAUAUUACUGAUGAAGGCGCAGACAUAAUCAAGGAAACUAACGCCAUUACAGGUUUCAGAAAUAUUCUGUCACGGAGUUCCUCGAUGUCCUCGGCCAGGAAUCUCCCGCUAAAUAGAAGCCGGGAGAACAGUCACAGCAGCUGUAAGCCUUCCGUUUUCUGAUUUUUGGGAUUACACAUAUUUGAUGUGAUUGAGCAAAAUUUUCGUUUCUACUUUCAGUGAUCGAUCGUAAAAGUUCAAUUGACUUGAGUUCGAUGCCCGAUUGUUCUGAAACCAUAAAAGAACACAAUGCGCGGAUUAAAAAGGGAUCUGUCACAGGCAAGACGAACAAGUCAGCAGAAAUCGUCAAAAGGAUAGAACUGCAUUCUGUGACGAUGGACAAGUUAAAGGCCAGGAUGCAAGACUGCAGAAGAAUUCAAUGUCUGAGUCGGAUUUCGAGCAUCGGUAUGCAAAUGAGGCGAUUUUUUACGAAUUCUUUUCGUUUAGAAGAUACCCUUCAAGAAGCAGCAAAGAUGCCAGGGGCACAUAUGCUGGUGGCUGUGAUUAACGCUUAUCGAUCUCAAUCCCCGACCUUACAACUCGGCUUUUACGCCAAAGUCUUAAUCUAUGUCAAACAACUACUAAGUCAUAAUAACUGGGAUUAUGUGAACCUUGGGAUGGAUUUAAUCAAUGGCGUGCUCACUGAUUACGGAGAUGUUAUCAAAGAUACCUUGACCUUGAGCCUGACACCCUCCGCGGACGACGAACGGAUCCGGCAUUAUAUUGCAUGUAAAAGAGCACUGACAGAGAUCUACAUACUUGCGCCGACUCUGUCUGGUCGGCUAAAUCAACAUCAGAACCAGGUCUUUUCGACGCUCCUUCCCAUUCUGAAGGCUUUAGUUGAAUGA